AUGUGCUACCGUGCUGUACCCAACACCCUCUAUGCGUGCGGCCACCAGACUCCCAUUAAUGCUGGGGAGCAGAUCGACUGCAACAAGUCCAACUGCCGAUACAGCUCGAUGCACCCGACGAACUGCCCUAACUGCGCCAGGACGUGUACCCAAUGGCUCCGCCCCGCGCAACAAUUCGUGCAGCGUCGGGAAAGCCGUCGCUGCCCGCAAUGCGGCAACUAA